UCCAUGAUUCAAAUCCAAUUAUCCAAAUGAAAAAAAAAAAGACGAACAUAAUUUACUUUUUUCUUCAAUUUUCCUUCUUGUAAAUUCAAAACAUGGAUGUUCUACAAAAAUCCCAAAAUUUACUUAGUUUAGGCUUCUUUUGUUCUUAACAGAGCCUGAAAAAUUCUGGGGCAAACAAAACCAAUCUCGUUUCCUUGACUCUUCCAUUGUGAAUGGAGGGAGAAGGAAACGAUUGCGCUUUCAUGGGAGAAGAUUCUCAUCCAGGUGCACCUUUACACGGUAACUCAUCAAUUUUGACCUCGACGUUUUUCUUAGAUCAUGUUGGUGAAGUGUCUCUCGUCUUCAACUCGGAUGGGCUAUUUUGGGAACCAAUUAAUUCACCAAAUGCUUCAGCCAUGGUGGAAGGAGAGGUUGAUGGUGAUUGUGGAUGUUACUCCAAUGGCAACAAAAGAAAGCACAGCUUGAGAAAAGGCAUCAUGCAGCUUUCAGCACUGGAAAUGAAGCGACCGGAUGGUUCAAUUUGCUUCGGCAUUAAGUCUAGGUCUAAAGCUGCUAGUGAGAUAAAACUUUCUGACAUAUAUGCUGUUGAAUUAUCCCAUCAUGGUCCGAUUCAUAUAACAAACCUGCCUCGUGCUACUGAGCACCUACUUUUUGGAAAUGACAUAAAGCUGUACCGGUUUAUGGUCCAUGGUUUUAUAAGGAGCAAGAAUCAGCUAUCUCAGUGGAUUCCCACUACAUAUACUUUUGGUCAUAAAGAUUUUCGUGUAUGUGAAAUGUGGGUAAACAAGCUCAAUGUGUUCUUGGAUCAUGAUGUUGGAAGGCCAAGGAAUCUUUUGGUUUUUGUUAAUCCAAAGAGUGGGAAACGAAAUGGCUGUAAAACCUGGGAAGCUGUGGGUCCUAUUUUCUCCCGUGCUAAAGUUGAAACCAAGGUGAUUGUAACAAAGAGAGCAGGACAGGCACUUGAUGUGAUGUCAUCUAUGACAAACAAGGAGCUUAACAAUUAUGAUGGUGUUGUAGCUGUUGGUGGUGACGGAUUUUUCAAUGAAAUCCUCAAUGGGUUCCUUUCCCCCAGGUUUAAAGCUCCCAACCCACCAACUCCUUCAGACUUUGUUCAUCCAGCAGAUGAUAAUGGUGAUUCAUCAGUUCUCAAAGAAAAUGAAAGCGCCCAAGAGAUCCCUGAACAAUGUGAAGAUAAGAUUCCCUUUAUUUCAAGUGAAGACCAAUCUACAGCAAAAGCAUCAUAUAAUAUUUCAGGAGAAACGGAUGAUGAGUUUCAUAUUCUCAAUCAACGCUUUAGAUACAACUGGAACUCGAGAUGCUGUAACAUCUGCGUUACAUAUUGUCCUUGGAAAAAGAGUGCGCCUUGACAUAGCUCAAAUUGUACGGUGGAAAGCCACUCCGAGAUCUGAGAUCCAACCAUAUAUGCGCUAUACAGCCUCCUUUGCUGGGUAUGGAUUUUAUGGUGAUGUCAUCACAGAGAGUGAGAAUUAUCGAUGGAUGGGUCCUAAGCGUUAUGAUUAUGCCGGAACAAUGGUAUUUUUAAAGCAUAGGUCAUAUGAAGCCGAAAUAGCAUAUCUAGAUGUUGGAUCAGAUGAACCUAAUUUAACUUCCAAAAGGAGGCAUGAAGACAACAUGUCAGAAUUGAACACACGAAAGUCAGAAAGACGUGUUUGUUGUGUUGAUUGCAAAAUUUGCAAUGAAAAUUCAGAUCCUACAUCUACUGGAAUUUCCAGCCUAACACCUCAUUUGUAUUCCGAAGGAGGAAAAUGGAAGAAAUCUAAAGGACGUUUUCUUAGCGUAGGAGCUGCUUUAAUCUCUUGCAGAAAUGAUAAAGCACCUGAUGGGUUGGUGGUUGAUGCACACCUUUCAGAUGGUUUCCUUCAUCUUAUAUUGAUUAGAGAGUGCCCGCAUGCUUCUUAUUUACGGCACCUAAUUCAACUAACAAAAAGUGGUGGAAGCCCAUUAAAUUUUCAAUUUGUUGAGCAUCAUAAGACCCCAACAUUUACUUUUACUUCUAUGGGGAAGGAGAGUGUAUGGAAUCUAGAUGGUGAGAUAUUUGAAGCUCAUCAACUUUCAGCUCAAGUGUUCCGUGGCCUUGUGUGCUUAUUUGCAUCUGGUCCUCAAGUUUAAGUCCAUGAAUGUUUUGUUUAUAUUUAUUUCCUUUUCCUUUUUUUUUUGUUACAAGGAAAAUCAUGAGUAAGCUAUUCAAUUCAACAUAGGUUGUUCCAUCCAAAACAAUGUUUCCUCAUGUAAUAUAAUUAUAUAAAUGUAGCAAUGCCUAAUCGCCAGUUUUUGAAGCAUGU